GCCGCGACGGGCCGCCUGUGUAGUGUAGUGCAGUGAGUGGUGUGGAUACUGUCAUGUGGCGGGUGCGAUGGCGCUAGACACCAUGUACCGCCGCCCCCUGCUGCUGCUGGCCCUGCUGGCGGCCGCGCUCGCCAACCAGCUCGAGGAUAUACCUCACAAUGAAGUCAAGAACUGGGCGUUGAAAUUCGGCGUCGAUCUCUGGGAGUUCGGCCGACACUUCACCAAGAUAAACCAAAUACAGAACAAAUACCACGAGUACAAUGUAGAAGUGGUCCGGAAAGACGGGCUGCUGCUAGUCCGGGAGUUAGCCUCCGAAGUCAAGAACCACAUGGAUUUCAAGAUAAACGCGGUCAUGCGUAUAAUGGACUCGGCGGAGGCGGCAGCGCUGUCAGCAGGCAGCAGCAGCACUGACGGGUCCCCGGGCUCGUACUACGACGCUCGCUGGCUCAACGUCCACGCGGAUGACGGCACGCUCGCCGCUCGCGCGCGCCGCUUGUUACUGUCACCCAGUAGACACUUCGACCACAUCGCCGUCAACACCAGCUAUAGUGCCGUCCUCAUGCCGCCCUACAUCAGCACUGAUGACGGCGAGGUACAGAACCAGAUAGCGUGGUCGGAGCACCUGGAUCCGCUGUUCGUAAACAACUACGAGAUCGACCCCACACUCUCCUGGCAGUACUACGCCUCAUCCACCGGGUUCAUGAGGCGGUAUCCAGCAAUGUCAUGGCCUCCCGAGGACGGGUACUCGCACCACGCGCGGGACUUCUACGACUUCCGCUCGUCGAAUUGGUUCGUCGAGGCGGCGACGUCGCCCAAGGACCUCGUGAUCCUGCUCGACGACUCCGACGACCUGGGCUCGUCGUACCGUCGCCUGGCGAAGGCGACGGUCUCCGCACUGCUCGACACACUCGGCCCCAACGACUUCGUCAAUAUAUACCGCUACAGCGACACCGUGUCGGAGCUGCAUCAGUGUUAUACGAAGAUUCUGGCUCAGGCGGUGCCGGAGACAAUACGCGAGCUGAAGAGCGCGCUGUGGGCGGCGGAGGCGGCCGGCGGGGCUGCCAACCUCACCGCCGCGCUCACUACCGGCUUCGAGAUACUACAUCGGUACAACCGCACCGGACAAGGCUGUCAGUGCAACCAGGCGAUAGCGGUGAUCGGCGCGGGGGGCGGCGCGGGCGGGGUGAAGGGUGUGUUCCGAACUUGGAACUGGCCGCACAUGCCCGUGCGCAUAUUCACGUACCGCGUGGGCGGGGACGCCGCCUCCGGACACAACAUGAAGGACAUGGCGUGCACUAAUAAAGGUUUCCACGUGACCAUCAACGAGCACAGCGAGGUGCGGGCGAAGGUGCUACACUUCGUGGAGGUGCUGGCGCGGCCGCUGGUGAUGUACCAGACCCUGCACCCGGUGCACUGGAGCCCCGUCUACGUCGGCGGACGGAGUAGCAGCUUGGACGACGACGGGAUGGGACAGCUGAUGACGUCGGUGACUGUCCCAAUUUUCGACAGGCGCAACCACACGCAGCGAGAGGCGAACUUGCUGGGUGUGGUGGGAACGGACGUGCCAGUCGAUCAAAUAAAGAAGCUCGUGCCACCAUACAAGUUGGGAGUAAACGGAUACUCGUUCAUGGUGGAUAACAACGGGCAUGUUUUGUACCAUCCUGAUUUGAGACCAUUGCAUACUAAUGAGGAGUACACGGAAACUCUCCGUCCGCUGUACUCGAGCGUGGAUGUGACGGACGUGGAACUGCUGGUGGACUCGGACGAGAACUCUCGCGUCAACCUCACCUCGCUGCUGCUUGACUUGCGUCACGACAUGAUAGAGCAGCGGGAGGGCGAGACGGAGAUCGGAGUGAAGGUGCAAUACGACAUGCGGCGGGUGGCCACGCGGAGACAGCGCUACUUCUAUUCCCCGGUAGAGGGCACGCCGUACUCGCUCGCCGCCGUCCUGCCAGACGGAUACGGCAUGUACGAGCUACAGGCCGAGCAGGAGAUUAAGCAUAGCCCUAUCAAUGUCACGGAAUACUUUAAGGGCGAGAACUGGAAAGUCCAUCCAGACUGGGUGUACUGCGAGUACGCGUCCACGUCAGACGUGACGUUCAGUUCGGCGGAGGAGCAGCUGGUCCACUUCCUAAGCCGCGCCGGCCGGCCUGGCUGGAAGUGGAUGUCGCUCCGCCCGCGAGCACUGACGCUGCACAACGCACACAAGAAGCAAGACCGCGACGCGUACUAUUGUGACAAAACCUUGGUACAGUCACUAGUACGCGACGCGAUGGUGAUCAAAGAAUUGGACGCUCACACUGGACACGCCAGUCACCACUCCCACCCGAUAGGAAUAUUAAUGGCACUACUGCAAAGGCAAGGACGAUUCCACAAAUUCGUGGUAACGUUGUCGUUUAUCGCAACCCGAAGUGGACUCCUCAAAUGGACAGAAAACUUCAACAGCACACGAUCCAGCGAAUCUUCUGAGCCGCACUUUAGUGAGAAGUACGCCCGCGCGUACGACUCGGAAUGGUACCGGAGAGCGGUGGAGCAUCACGCCAUUGAACCGGAGAGUUUCGUGUUCUCCGUGCCGUUCCGGGACGGCUCCGACCCGGAGGACUUCUCCGGGAAACCCCCGCUGGUGUUGGCCACUCACGCCGUGUUCGUGGAGUCCAGGGGACACAGGGCUCCAGCGGCAGUCGUCGGCCUGCACUUCCAACUUGAUUCUCUGGCGAAGCACUUCCUCAAUGUCACGUCAACGUGUACGGCCGGUAGCGUCUGCAAGAAGACUUGCGCCGGCGACGAGCUGGACUGCUACAUUCUGGACGACAACGGCUUUAUCAUCCUCUCGGAGGACGUGUCACAGACCGGGCGCUUCUUCGGUCAAGUGGACGGGACAAUCAUGGACUCGCUCGUUCAGGAUAAGAUCUACAAGAAGAUCGCUGUUCACGACCACCAGGGGAGGUGCCCGGACUCCCGCAGUCCGUUUAGCGGAGACGGCAAUAAGCUGUCGCCAUUAAAACCUUUCUCCUGGCUCGGAGGGUACCUCUCCAACUUGCUGGCGGUGUGGUAUCCGUUGUGGCAGACCGUCGUGGCCCGAGCCCAUCCCUACGCUGAAGAAGAUGCUGACUACGAAGACUACGAGGGCGAGGAUUUGGAACACGAGGAGGACGGGACCAGGGAGCACCAGCAGCAGCACUAUGAGAUCCUGGUGGCGGACUCCGGGGGCACGGAGCGGAGUCACGAGGUGCCCGGGCCGAUCACCCCGGGGCCGCCCCGCGAGCCCCCGCGAGAGGCCGCCCGCUCCGCCGCGGUCCGCCCCUGCGACACAAGCGCUGAACUCUUCACGCUCCAGUCCACUCGCCUCAACGCAGCGCAACCGCUCAAAGGGAAACUAACCAAUUGCCAUAAUUCUGGAUGUGAAAGGCCAUUCAGCGUGCAGAAGAUCCCGCACAGCAACCUGAUACUGCUGGUGGUGGACACGCUGUGCCCGUGCGGCGCCAAGCGGCUGGACGUGCGUGCGCGCGAGUCCCCGCCCCGCGCCUGCCGCGCCCGCUCCUCGCACGCCCGCUCCCGCCGCGCGCGUCCGCACCACUGCGUUUCGUACCACCCGGAGGAGAUCGAGAUCCAGUCGUGCGGUCGAGGUGGGCGCGCGGCGCUGUCGGUGGCGGCGCUCGCGGGCGUGCUGGCGCUGUGGGCGGCCACGUGACUGCCCCAGUCCGCACACUGAAGCUUCCGCCGUAUCCGCCAUAUCGACUCCCAUAUCACGAGUAACCUCAACCAUAUCGCUAAGUCGGAGAGCUUCGGGGGUCCCGGUCGAGUGUGAGUGCGUUCGGACCGCUCGUAGUGACUAUAUCGUGAAUGUAUCGUGGUGCAAACUCUACGCCAAUUUUAAAAUUCCCUUAUAUAUACGGUAACGUCUUUUGAUCUGCAUUUAUAUUAUUGGGUACGGGCAUCGGAGCCGGUCGAAUUAGGAUGAAUGAACUUAAAGUUUUGAUGAUUUUACUGACUGAAGUUUUGGUCCGACCAAGUGAACUUUUGAUCUUGUUUUAAGAUGGGAUAGUAAAUUUGUAAUAGGUAGGGUAAGAUUUCAAAGUUUUCUCUCAUCUUCGUCGAGACGGUGGCUGCUGACAUGCGGCGACAUUCGACCCCCAUCGUGACACGUUUCGAUGCGUGUCAGACUUCUGUAGAACUCCAGCCACAUUUCGUAUAAAAACAUCAUUAACCUAGAACAGAACGCGAUGCGCAGUCCAGUCUUAGAUCAAAUUUGUGGUAAUUAAACGAUUUCAUUGUAUCACGUGCGCUGAUUUCUAAUAGGUAGGUAAACGAAUAUCUUGUUAAAUUUAAUUGAGAAUUUUCACAAACUCGAAAGGUCUAUAAAAUAAAUUAUAGCUAAUGUUAAUAAGUAUUAAAUGAUUAAUGUAAAGUAAUAUUGUUUCAAACUGUUUUAGAAAAAUUUACCUAUGUUGAACCUGAUUUAUUUCGUACCGGGCGCGGCGAGUGCGUCGUGAAGUUGGCGACAUUCUGCGCGAGGUGUCACGUGGAUCGCGAUUCGCAGAAAACCGUCAACUUCACACGUUAACUUUUUGCCAUUUAUUUGUUUCCCUUCAACGUUGGUUAUGUCGGCGAAAUGGUUUCCUAAAACGUAUAAUAUUACACGAGCGACGUUGGAGCGCAACACAUAGAUGAACGAAAACGUUUACUGGCCGAUCGCAAAUAUUGUAAGCACUUAUAGGAUUAUUAUUAUUGUAAAUAAGAGAUUAAUUUGUAGACAAUUUAUUUGCUGAAUUUAAGUGUGCCUAUUUAAAAUUAAUGAUUGUUACUUAAACUACAGCGUCGCCAAGGAGCCAUCGACAACUAACAGUAUUAGAACAGUAAUUAAGUUACUACCAAAAUAUACUACACCUAUUUUUGAUCACUUUAAAGUUUCACGUUGAUAGAAUAUUUUUUGGCCUAGCAGUACAGCGUCUCAGUUUUACGUGUAAGAAACAUUUUGGUGUAUUUUUGGCGACUUUAGUCACUAGAGUUUUUCUCGCCUAAUAUUCGAUAAUGUUAAAAUUUGAAACCUAUCGACGUCAUCUUCAUUGUAAAUAUUACCUUGGAGGGCCUAUUUAAAGUAUGUGUGUUGCUAUGUUAAAGGUGUAUGUUCUAUUUUAUGAGGAUUUUUCCUUGUGACUUUGUACCAGAAAAAUUGUUCAACAUUGCCACUCGGAGAACCUUUCGCACCCCGAUCAGUGUGUCUACGUCUCGUCUCAAACUUCAAAAUUAAAAAAAAAAAUGUUGAACACUUCUUCUCCUCGACACAUACAUUUUCAUUCAUUAAAUAUUGGAGUUUAUAAAAUCUAUAUUCUACUAGCUCAUAUAAAUCGACUACAUGUAAAAGUAUGUAUCAUGUUACCUAGUUAAAUACAUAACAUAGCGAAUAUGAUAAACGGUCGAGCCUGCCGUUGUCCAUGCAACCCACAACAUGAAAUAGUACAAAACUACAUACUCCUUUCGUCAUGUGCCAAAACACAAACUAAUAGAUAACUCAGGAUUACUCGGGACUUUCCGGGGUUGUUCGGGACUUUUCGGGGUUACUCGGGACAUCAUGGGACUUCCCCGGGGUUACUGGGUACCUUAACAUGGGACGAAGGCAUGCCCGAACUUAGUUAAAAACAUUUGAUCGCAGUAGCUUUUUUAUUGUUAGAAACAUUUUGUGUUAUUUGAUAAAAGUAUGUAAUAUUUGAUUAAAACAAUUGCAUGUAAUGUAAACACAAUGCAAAAACUACCAUUUGCAUGUUUAAAUUUGAAAUUUAAAGUGUAAACAUAGACAAUAAUAUUCGAAUUUCAACUCUACCACCAUAUCUUAACAAUAAAAUUGUUAAAAAUCAUAAAAUAAUAAUUAUUAGUAUGUAUGUAUCAACUUUUAUAAUUUUAAUUUUUUUUUUUGCAUUGUGCAUAGACAAGAGGCCACUGCGAUCAAACCCCACAUAAAUUAUUACUGUAACAUUUCAUAAUCACGUGUCGUAAUGAACUGUUGGGACGCUUUUGAGAUAUUGUACAUUUUGUAUAAAUAUAACAGUAAGUGUAUCGGGCGUAUAGCUGACCGGGCGCGGGGGGGAGCGCGGGGCGGCGUGCGACUGUGUUGAAUGUGCUUCUUGUAAGCGUCGAGUCUUCCAUAGCGGUCGGGCGCGGGCGUGUACUGUAACUUAAGUAUUAAACGAUAAUAAUAGAGUAUACUUAUCAUAGCAUAGAGCACUCGCGAGUUUAGUUAACUGACUACAGACACAAAACGAUUACCUCGUUUAGUUACGCCGUAGUAGGCACGUUCAGUGUUCGUUUCGCGUUUUGUUAUUGGACAUAUCAACUCAGGCACCAAUCGAGACUAUAGUGUAAGCGGUUUUUAGAUUUUUUCUAAUCGUUUCUUGAUGAGAAAGGCCUGAGAGCGAAUUUUUGCGUCGACGCUCGAGUUGGGCGGAUAUUCAAUGUAGGAGCGUUGAGCUAUUGGUAAAAAAGAGUGCGUGGCAAAAAUUCGUUCCCGGGUCUCAAAUUUUUCUGAAUUCAAUUUUUUUCGAAAUAGCGAUUUCUUUCUAGACGUUGCUAAUGUGACAGUAUUAAGUAUAUACACAUUUUUAUAUAUUUUUAAAUAAAUAAUAAAACUGCUAUUCCUUUAAGGUUAUUCCGAUGUGUACAUCGUCCGUCUAAAUCUAUUACUAGUUUCGGAUAUAGUUUGUGCGUGUUUUCGAAAGCCUGAUGACGAAUCGCAAUUUGGACCUUUGACAGUUCUUUUUUUUAAAUUUGCCGUUUCACAUGCGUACACGAUUUUCUAAAAAUUCCAAAUUUAAUUUCAACCAUCGGUCACUUGUGACGCUUCUAGAAGUUAGGUAUCGAAAUUCAAAAACGAAUUGCGAGGGUAAAAUUUUGAUGUUGCCGUUUUAACGUUUGUUUUCUUACACUUUGAAAUUUUUGAAUUAUAGUUGUUGUAUUGUAUAUUCGGGGCACAGUCAGCUGUGGACGCGGAUCCCUAGCGUAAUUCUAGUGAAUAUCUUUUGUUACUUGCCAGUUCAUGCUAUAGAUAAACAGUAAUUAAAACAAUAAAAGUUCUCUUAUAACAGUU